UGCGCGAUCUGUCUUACCGCCAUCGUUACUUGGGCUUUCCAGCGCUAGAUGGCACAACCUCUGCCCACUUUUCCAACUUAUGGCAUGGCUGCUCGUGUACUCAAUUUUGUUGUUUCCCAUUAGAAAUGUCGCCGAUUUUCAUGUUUUCCUCGGGUUUCGGAGUUAUUUUUCGCGCUGUGAGUGUUUUUUAAUCCGUGUUUCAUUAACCUCGUGUUAGUUCAGUUGUAGAACAUCAGUUUUUCACGAUAUUAUCGGUAUUGCGGUCGAAUAUCACCACCGAACAUCAUAAUUGUGUGGUCAUAACAAUAUUUUGAAGAAAAUCAACAAUAUCUGAAGAGCUCUGGCAUCGUAACCGGUUACGAUGACAAAGCUCGGAGUUCCAUCUUAUGGAGGGACAUCCUUACUGUCGGCUUUCAUACUGCUCCUGUCCACUGGCCAGGUCUUUUCGAGUGCAAACUAUUCGGAACUUCCAUACAUCCAAUAUUUAACACAUCCUCCCGAAAUCGUAACCAAACCAAGAAAUUUGCAAGUCAAACAUGGUGGAAUAGCGGCAUUUUACUGUGCAGCGAAAGGAGUUCCCCCACCAGUCAUCCAAUGGAAGAAGAAUGGGAAAAGAGUUUCAGAAUCCCAGACACGUUAUCAAGUGAGGGAAUUACCAGAAGAUGGUGGUUCUUUGUUACGUAUCGAACCAGUUCGAAUUGGUCGUGAUGAUGCAACUUAUGAAUGCGUCGCUGAAAAUGGUGUCGGUGAUGCUGUGACGAAAGAAGCUACGCUAACAGUUUUUGACGUUAACAAACUACCUCCUGGUUUUCCCCUCAUCACACAAUCUCCAAUCAACAACAAGGUAGUUGAGAUAGGCCACAACACCAUUCUUUCCUGCGCUGCCACUGGAAAUCCACCACCAAAAAUCACAUGGUUGAGGAAUAUGAGGCCAAUCAAUAUAUCUUCAAAUCCUCGAUAUGUCAUCAAAGAUGACAUGCCUGGUACCCUGCAAAUAAAGAACAGCAACGAAACGGACCAUGGCAAGUACGAGUGCGUGGCUGAAAAUUCGAUUGGGACCGAUUAUUCAACUUCAGCCAUCCUCUACGUUAAGGUUCGCCGUGUAUCUCCACAAUUUUCUAUACCUCCACCUGCCGUAACUGAAGUGAUGUUAGGUGCAGACUUGAAUCUAACUUGCGUCGCUGUGGGUUCUCCGAUGCCAUAUGUGAAAUGGAGAAAAGGAUCCACUCAAGAACUCACUCCGGAGGAUAAGUUACCAAUAGGAAAGAACACAUUGCAAUUAUCCAACAUAAGAGAAUCAGCCAACUAUACUUGCGUAGCUGCCAGUGCUCUUGGUGUUCUUGAAGCUGUUGCACUUGUCAAAGUACAAUCAUUGCCCGGACCACCAACAAACGUGAGAGUAUCGGAGAUCACAGCCACUACAGUGCGGUUAACGUGGUCUUAUGAUGGCAUGGAGGAGCUCCAGUAUUAUGUGAUACAAUUCAAACCGAAAUAUGCCAAUCAGGCUUUCAGCGAGAUAUCGGGAAUUAUAACGAUGCAUUACCACGUCAGAAACCUCAGUCCGUAUACAGAGUAUGAAAUGUAUGUCAUUGCAGUCAACAACAUUGGGAGGGGGCCUCCGAGUGCGCCAGUGAACGUCACCACAGGAGAAACAAGUGGCAAGCCAGGCACAGCUCCUCGGAAAAUUCAGGUCCGUCCCUUGAGUUCUAGUACAAUGGUUAUACAAUGGGAUGAACCUGAAACGCCAAAUGGUCAAGUACUGGGUUAUAAGGUCUACUAUACCACAAACCCUAACCUCCCAAUGGCUUACUGGCAAACGCAGACUGUUGACAAUAAUCAACUUACGACCAUAAGUGAACUCACCCCACUCACCAUAUACACAAUAAGAGUUCAAGCUUUCACCUCUGUUGGACCUGGACCUCUCAGUGCGCCAGUACAUGUGAAAACACAGCAAGGUGUCCCUAGUCAACCCAGUAAUUUAAGAGCCUCAGAUAUUGGGGAAACAACAGUGACUUUGGAGUGGACCAAACCGACUCAUUCGGGUGAAAGUAUAGUUAGUUACGAAUUGUAUUGGAACGAUACAUACGCUAAAGAAAAGCACCAUAGACGUAUUCCUAUUUUGGAAAGUUAUACUUUAACGGGACUUUAUCCGAACACUUUAUAUUAUGUGUGGUUAGCAGCAAGAUCACAGCGUGGAGAAGGUGCCACAACACCACCAAUACCUGUCAGAACGAAGCAGUAUGUACCUGGAGAACCACCGACUGACGUUAAAGGCGAGGCGGUAAGUCCAACCGCUAUUAGAGUAUCUUGGAGUCCACCACAAACUAAUAGAAGCAACGGGAAUAUUAUUUACUACAAACUCCAAGUGGUCGAAGCAGAUAGAUCAGAUAGCGAAGCAACCGUUACAAGACUCACUGAAAAUUCCUUUGUUAUUGAUGAACUCAAGAAAUGGACCUCUUAUCGCAUAUGGGUUUUGGCUGGUACUUCUGUAGGAGAUGGACCUGCUUCGUUUCCAAUCACCGUUCGAACUUAUGAAGAUGUUCCUGGAGAUCCACAAGACGUUAAAGUAACUCCUAUCAAUUCUACCACUAUAAAAGUUAAUUGGAGUCCACCAUUGGCUAAAGAUAGAAAUGGAAUAAUUCUUGGCUAUCAUGUACAUGUGCAAGAAACCAAAGAUGAGGGGAGAAACUUUUUGAAUGAGCCAAUGAAAUUUGACGUACUAGAUGACACCGUAAGAGAACUAAAUGUUUCCGGCUUACAACCUGACACCACCUAUGCUGUUCAGGUAGCAGCUCUUACAAGAAAAGGUGACGGAGAUAGAAGUAAUCCAGUGAAUGUGAGAACUCCAGGAGGAGUGCCAAACAGACCAGACCUGACCCUAAAGGUUAUCGAUCGUCAACCAACAGUUACCAUUGAGUUGGAAUGGUCUAAACCUUCGCAAACUUAUGGAGAGCUCAAGGGUUAUAGAUUGAGAUAUGGUGUAAAGGAUCAAAUACUGAAGGAAGUUCCUCUUAAAGGAACCCACACCAACACUUACAGGAUAAAUGAUCUGGAAAGAGGCGUAGAAUAUGAAUUUCGAGUGGCUGGCCAGAAUCACAUCGGUAUCGGCCAAGAGGCCAUAAAAUACAUGAACACUCCCGAAGGUCCACCUACAGGACCUCCAUCAAACAUAACCUAUAGGUUCCAAACUCCAGACGUAGUCUGCAUCACGUGGGAUCCGCCAAUCAGGGAGCACCGUAACGGAAGGAUCCUAAAAUACGACAUCCAGUUCCACAAGAAAUCAGACCACAACAACAUCAUCACCAGGAAUAUAUCGACUACUAAAGCUGUGUUCACGCAUCUCGAAGAGAACACCGAGUACAUAUUCCACAUCAAAGCGUACACCAGCCAGGGGGCGGGGCCGUUCAGCGAAAAAAUGACAAUCACCACCGAAAGGGACAUCGGCCGAGCUCCCAUGUCGGUAAAAGCGGUCGCUACAUCAGAUUCGAGCGUCGAAGUUUGGUGGGAACCAGUGCCUUCUAGGGGAAAAAUUGUAGGAUACGUUAUAUUUUAUACGAUGACUGCUGUCGAAGAUUUGGACGAGUGGCAGAAGAAGACAGUCGGUCAAACGGAAUCAGCCGACCUGUUGAACCUGGAGAAAUAUGCUGAGUACGCGAUAGCUGUAGCCGGCAUAAUAGGCAGUAACAACCGAACUCUUGGUAGACUGUCGGAGACUGUUACUGUAAAAGUAAAACCGGAAGAUGUUCCUCUCAACUUAAGAGCCCACGAAGUCACUACGCAUUCGAUGACGUUGUCUUGGGGUCCGCCUAUAAGACUGAAUCCCAUAAAGUACAAGAUAUCUUUCGACGCUCUCAAAGAGUUCGUAGAUUCUCAAGGGAUCACACAGACGCAAAACAUACCCAAGGUGGAAAUUCUACUAGACGCCACUGUUAAAUCUUACACCAUCAAUGAACUUUCACCUUUUACCACAUACAAUGUUAACGUCAGCGCUAUACCAUCUGACUAUUCGUAUCGCCCUCCUACUAAAACUACUGUUACCACGCAAAUGGCGGCUCCUCAGCCCAUGGUACAACCGGAUUUCUAUGGUGUAGUUAAUGGGGAAGAGAUAGAUGUUAUAUUGCCCCAGGCGUCGGAGGAGUAUGGACCCAUCAGUCAUUACUUCUUGAUAGUGGUACCGGAAGAUCCCGAAACUAUAAAUAAGAAUCCUGAUCAGUUCUUGACGGACAAUCUGGUUCAGAACAAGGAUAAAAUGUCGGAACAUCCAAAUUUGCCUUUCAUUGCAGCUAAGUUUCCACAAAGGAGCAUUCCAUAUACCUUCCAUCUAGGUACUGGCAAAGAAAAAGACGGUUUCACUAACUACAAACUGGAACACGGCAAACGCUACAGGAUUUUCGUCAGGGCGGUCGUGGACACACCCCAAAAGCACCUGUACACCAGUAGCCCAUUCUCAGAAUUCCUAUCGCUCAACAUGAGGGAAGUACCACCAGGUGACCCGCCCCUAAGACCUAACCCCAACACUCCAGACCACGACGUGAAGGUCCUGUCGCAGAAGAGAGAAGCUGGAUUCUUCUGGAUAAUCGGCCCGAUCAUCUUAGCCCUCCUCUUGUCUCUCAUAUUGGUGGUUAUGUUCUUGUACCGCAAGCGGUCGCAACCUUGUAAAACCCCAGACCAAACAGCUGUAACGAGGCCGUUGAUAUCGGCAGACCUCAAUAGCAGCGUGGCUCCUAGCGAUCCUGUAGAAAUGAGAAGGCUCAACUUCCAGACGCCUGGUAUGAUAUCGCAUCCUCCCAUAUCUAUAUCCGAACUGGGCAACCACAUCGAGAAACUCAAGGGCAACGACAACCUAAAAUUCUCGCAGGAAUACGAAAGCAUCGAACCAGGUCAACAAUUCACUUGGGAUCACUCCAACAUGGACAUAAACAAGCCGAAGAACAGAUACGCCAACGUCAUCGCAUACGACCACAGUCGAGUCAUCCUGCCGCCUGAAGAAGGCAUGCUUGGAAGCGAUUAUAUCAACGCCAACUAUUGCGAUGGUUACCGCAAACACAACGCAUACGUUGCCACGCAAGGACCUCUGCAGGAAACUUUCUGCGACUUCUGGAGGAUGUGUUGGGAACUCAAGACCGCAACUAUAGUGAUGAUGACCAAAUUGGAAGAACGAACACGCAUUAAGUGUGAUCAGUACUGGCCCUCGAAAGGCACGGAGACUUACGGAUCCAUGUCCUGCACGAUAACUGACGUUCAGGAAUUGGCUACGUACUGUAUAAGGACGUUCCAGAUCCAUAAAAAGGGAUACAGUGAAAGGAGGGAGAUAAAACAGUUGCAGUUUACCGCAUGGCCGGAUCAUGGAGUACCUGAUCACCCCGCUCCUUUCUUGCAGUUCUUGAGGAGAAUCAAGAGUCUAAAUCCUAUUGAAGCUGGACCGAUUGUUGUUCAUUGUUCUGCUGGUGUAGGAAGGACAGGCUGCUUCAUUGUCAUCGAUUCGAUGCUGGAAAGGAUGAAGCACGAAAAGACGGUCGACAUAUACGGUCACGUGACCUGUUUGAGAGCUCAAAGAAACUAUAUGGUGCAAACGGAGGAUCAGUACAUCUUCAUCCACGAUUCCCUCCUAGAAGCUGUGAUCUGCGGAAUGACAGAGGUGCCAGCUAGAAAUCUUCACAAUCACAUCCAGAAAUUGAUGCAGAUGGAACCUGGGGAGAAUAUCACCGGCAUGGAAUACGAAUUCAAGAAGCUCGGUAACAUUAAGACUGAUUCCUCGCGUUUUGUAACGGCCAAUUUGCCGUGCAACAAACACAAAAACCGCCUGGUACAUAUCUUGCCGUAUGAGAGCACAAGAGUGUGUCUUACUCCUUUGAGAAGCAUCGAGGGGUCUGACUACAUCAACGCUAGUUUCAUCGAUGGCUAUCGUUAUAGGAAGGCUUACAUCGCCACUCAAGGUCCAUUGGCAGACACCACUGAUGAUCUUUGGAGGAUGCUUUGGGAACAUAAUUCUACAAUCAUUGUAAUGCUCACUAAACUGAAGGAAAUGGGAAGGGAAAAAUGUCAUCAAUACUGGCCAAGCGAUAGGUCUGUUAGAUACCAAUGCUUCGUGGUGGACCCCAUCGCAGAGUAUAAUAUGCCGCAAUAUAUCCUUAGAGAAUUCAAGGUUACUGAUGCCAGAGAUGGAUCAUCCAGAACCGUUAGACAGUUCCAGUUCACCGAUUGGCCAGAACAGGGUGUACCCAAAUCCGGAGAUGGAUUCAUCGAUUUCAUCGGACAAGUUCACAAAACUAAGGAACAAUUUGGACAAGAUGGACCAAUCACAGUCCAUUGCAGCGCUGGAGUAGGGAGAACUGGAGUGUUUAUAACUUUGAGUAUUGUGUUGGAAAGAAUGCAGUAUGAAGGAGUAGUAGAUGUUUUUCAGACAGCUCGAAUAUUGCGUACUCAAAGACCAGCUAUGGUACAAACCGAAGAUCAGUACCAGUUUUGCUACAGAGCUGCUCUUGAAUACCUGGGUUCCUUCGACCAUUACACCAAUUGAUUUGUUGGUACUUAUUCUUCGAGCAGACAAUAAAGUCCUUCCCCUUCACUCCACCCGCAUAAUAUCAUUAUUUUGUUAGCGAAAUUACUACUGCCAAGGGAAACCUAGACAAUUGGAUAUUGUCCGCCAGGCGGUCAGUUAUCAUCUCUAUGCAUUUAGUAAAAAUCCUAGUGUGUGUAAAUUAUGUGCCUAACAUUCAAAUAAUUAAUGAAAGAGAAGAAAUAUCUGUAUCAGAAAAAAGUGUGUGUGACUAAAAAAAAACUCGAUUCAUUGGAAAAAAAUGGAUAUAUCGCGCGGCUUCUUGAAUGAUGUGUAAUUGACAUAUGUUUUACUAUGUAUUAGUUUUUCGAUUUUUUUAUACCCUUUUGAUGUUGUAUAAAGUCUUGUAGAUUCUUUUUAAAAUCUCAUUUUUUCAUCUGUUUCUUCAACAUUUUAAUUUUUGGUGAAACCUAGAAAGUUUAAAUACAAAUAACUUAAUGUAGAUUUAAUUUAAACGCAAAUGAUCUCUCCAUGAUUUUUUAUGGUGAAACCUAAAAAUUCAAUUUACCUAUCACACAUACUUCUUUUAUUUAUGCAACUAUUUUGAAUAAUUCAAAUCUUACUCUAAUUAGAUUAUAGAUGCAGAUUGUAAUCUGCAUCACUCAGAAUAUGUCAGAUCCAAAAUUACCACCGGCAGCUAAAUUUAUCAUACAGUAUAUUACUUGAAGCACAAUGAACAUUCCAUUUUUCAAAUCAAUAAAGGUUUCACCAAAUGGAUAUUUUUGUUUUUUGAUACUCUUCAUCACUGUUUGAUAUUGUUUAUACAUGAUUUAUAUACAUUUUUUACUGAAUUUUUCUACAACUUGAUGUAUAUUAUAUUAUAUUUCAUUAUUUUUGAUUUAGUACUAUAUAUCUUAAAUUGUAUACCUUGUUAGAAAGUAUCCCAAGAUUUGAAGAUAUUGCUAUUUGAUAGAAACUUCAUUUUCAAUUUCUCUAAAUACCACAACAUAUCCUAUUCCCUAUUUUUUUCGUCGAAUAUUAUUUUAGAGUAAGUUAUAAUGAAGAUGAAGUUUUAUAUCAAGAGGAUAAUUGAUAAACAUGAAAGAAUACAGUCUUAUGAAAUAUUUGUUCCAAAAUUAUAAGCAUUUAAAUUAUUUCCAAUUCAAUUCUUUAGCAUCAGAAAAUAACUCAAUAUUUCUGAAAAAAAAAAUAAUUUUAUAUUUUUCAUUGUAAUAUAUGCUGUUAUUAAGUUCAAUAAUUUACAUGGUAAUAUUACUCUUUUUUCAAAUUAUUUUCAAAUCUGAGGAAUUAGAUACUUAUCAGCUAUUAGUUAUAAGUAUGAAUUGUUAUAUUCCCUGUAACUUCUUAUCAUUGAUUUUUGAUUAAUUACUGAGUAAUGUCAUUCAGACUGAUCUUUGAUUAAUUGUUUUGUAAUUAUAUUUUGUAAUAAAACACAAUCGUUGUAGCACUGGAAUGAAUGGAAUUUUGAAGAAAAUAAAAUUCUAGAUUUUA